AUGGGAACUUGUGCCAGUAGAAAAAAUCCAGGAAUGCUACAAAGAAGUGUUGCUUAAAAACAUAUUGAGAUUGAUUUCGAAAAGCUGUUGAAAUAUAACAAAGAGAAGGAAGCCAAGGAAGGAAAAGAACAUCUUCAGCAACAACAAUCGUUUUGCCAAAUAUUCCUUCAAGAGAACAAGCAAUCUGCCCCAUAUACUUUAACCCAAAAUUUGGGACCCUCCACUUAGUUAGAAUACAAAAGAUAGUGA